AUGCAGGUAGCACUGCAGCUCCAGUCUUUGGAAGGUUAUUGCAGCAGUGUGGGCCAUAUCCUGUGGGACCUCCACAGCAGCGACGUGCUCAUCAACAAGCGCGGUGAUGAGACAAAGCUGAUUGUGAUGGACGCGUACAUGGCCCCCGACGAGAACACGGGCUGUCGUUGGACGCUGCCGCCUGAACUCGUGCAGGGCGGGCCCAUUCGCAUGCAGCUUGGCAAGACAUGGCAAGACAUGGCAAGACAUGGCAAGACAGGAGAAGUCUGA